UCCAACCUACUCCGGAUCGACCUAGGGUUCAUCUUCCAGAUCUUACAGUUCUGUGUUUAUCCCCGCAUACGGGGUCUGGAGUGUGUGAUGAUGGAAGAAGGGAGGCGAACCAUGUUACAGAUAUUUUUCACUCUAAUCGUGCUUCAGUUAUGCGCUUCCAAUCCGAUAUUCUACGAAUCGUUUGACGAGUCGUUUGAGAAGAGCUGGAUCGUAUCUGCUAAUGAGGAUUAUAAUGGUGUGUGGAAACACUCAAAGAGUGAGGGCCAUGAAGAUUUUGGCCUUCUUGUUAGUGAGAAAGCGAUGAAAUAUGGCAUAGUUAAACAACUCGACGAACCAGUCAAUCUCAAGGACGGAACCAUUGUUCUACAAUAUGAAGCCAGGUUCCAGAAUGGCCUAGAAUGCGGAGGCGCUUACCUUAAAUAUCUGAGACCCCAAGAUGUUGGAUGGGCUCCUAAAGACUUCAACAAUGAAUCUCCUUACUCCAUCAUGUUUGGACCUGACAAGUGUGGUUCUACCAACAAGGUGCAUUUCAUUCUUAAGCACAAAAACCCGAAAACCGCGGAGUAUAUCGAGCACCAUCUCAAGUAUCCUCCCUCCGUCCCAUACGACAAACUUACUCAUGUCUAUACUGCUGUUAUCGAACCUAAUAAUGGCCUACGAAUUUUGAUUGAUGGGGAGGAAAAAAAGAAGGCCAAUUUUCUUAGUGCCGAUGAUUUUGAGCCAGCUUUAGUCCCAUCAAAAACUAUUCCUGAUCCAGAUGACAAGAAGCCUGAGGACUGGGAUGAGAGAGAAAAAAUCCAUGAUUCAGAUGCACGGAAGCCGGACGACUGGGAUGAAGAUGCUCCAAUGGAGAUAGAGGAUGCUGAUGCUGUUAAACCUGAAGGAUGGUUGGAUGAUGAGCCGGAGGAAGUUGAUGACCCUGAAGCUUCAAAACCAGAGGACUGGGAUGACGAGGAGGAUGGAGAAUGGGAGGCACCGAAGAUUGAUAACCCAAAAUGUGCCACAGCUCCUGGAUGUGGUGAAUGGAGGAAGCCAAUGAAGAGGAAUCCAGCUUACAAGGGAAAAUGGCAUGCUCCAUUGAUUAAUAAUCCUAACUAUAAGGGCAUCUGGAAACCCCGAGAGAUUCCGAAUCCUGGUUAUUUUGAGCUCGACAAGCCUGAUUUUGAGCCUGUUGCUGCCAUUGGGAUCGAAAUAUGGACCAUGCAGGAUGGAAUCUUGUUUGAUAAUAUUUUGAUAGUCAAUGACGAGAAAGUUGCAGAGUCUUACAGAGAAAAGGCAUCAAAGCCAAAGUAUGAACUGGAAAAAACGAAGGAGAAGGCUCAAGAAGCUCCGGCUGGGCUUUCAAGCUUCCAAAAGAAGAUCUUUGAUGUUCUUUACAAGAUCGCAGACUUAUCUUUCCUGAAAUCUUUCAGGACAAAGAUCAUUGAUGUAAUUGAGAAGGGUGAGAAACAACCUAAUGUCACCAUUGGAAUCCUGGUUUCAAUACUUGUGGUCAUUACCACACUCAUCUCCAGGAUUAUUUUUGGUGGGAAGAAAGCUACGCAGCCCCCAAAAGCUCCCCCCGCACCUGAGACUGAGACUGUAAGUACUGAAAAGAAAGAGGAUGGAUCAGGAAGCAGCAGUGUUGAAAGAGAAGAAGAAGAUGAGAAAGAGAAAGAAGAUGCAGGCGCAGCAAGGCCUAGGAGGUCCCGGAGGGAGACAUAACACACAUUACCUGUGUUCAAAUUUUUGUUUUCCUGCUGCUCAUUUAGCAGUCUUUGUUCUAAAAAUUAUAACGAUUUGGUUGUUAUCUUUCAUCUGCAUAAUUGCAUUUUGUUUUGGAGACUUGCAAAAUGAAUUAUUUUGUAGGGUUUUUGUUUUCUGGAUUCACUGCUGUAAUGUUCUAUUUUUGAUUGAGAUGAACCCUGCCUUCAGGCAAAAUAAAGGAGUGCAGAUAUGGACUUUCAA